AUGCAUAAGAUUGGUCAUUGUAAUAUCUAAAGAUAAUUCUAGGGAUCUCGAGAAUGGAUAUAUUUGGAUAAUCAAUCACAUUAAGAAUGAAUAAGCAAAGCUCAUAUAAAACUGUUUUUGGAGGCUGCUCCUCUUUAAUUUUGCUAGCAAUUUUAAUUCUGAUAUUCUCAUCAAACAUAACAUCCUUUUUCAACAAAGAAAGUUUGAGUGCAACUGUUUUAACUGAAUUUGAAGAAAUUCCAUCCUUAUCAAUUAUAGAUGAUUCAUUUUUUUUAUUCGCUGUUCAAAUAGAUUAAGAUGAUUUUUUAAAGAAACCUUUUUACGAUAUCAAAAUAGAUUAGUUCCGUAUCCAAAAGUUUUUGAACGGAUCUUCAAUUUAAACUUAAAAGGAAGUUUAGUUGAUACCUUGCACUUUAGAUCGUUUUAAUAAAAUAUUCUCUUAAUUUGGAAGAGAUAUGACAGACUAAUUCAACCAGUUUAAAUUAUAUGAUUUUUUGUGCUUUGAGUAAGUGGUUCUAUAUAUAUUUGUAGCUACAACCAAUCUUUUUCAAUCUAAGGAACGUAUUCAAGUAUAAUAAAUAAAUAACUCUUCUAGAUUUGGAAUUUGAAUUUUUGAAAAUAUAAGUGUAAGAAUGUAGUAAUAAAACUAAUUGUGCUUCAAAAGAGGAAUUACAAUAAGAGGUUGAUAAAAAUGGAGCAUUUAAAAUAAAAUUGUUUCCUAUAAACAAAGUAAAAGAUUAAAUGAUAUAGAUUAUAGAUAUUGAACCCUUACAAACCAGAAGAUAACUAUUUACAAACAUUUUUAGAUGAUUCUUUUUUCUUUCGAUUUCUUCCCUCAAACAUUUAUAAGUCUGUAGAUUUAUUUAUCAAAGAAUACGAAGUUACUAAUGAUCAAAGUCUCUUACCAUUUAGUCAAUUGGAAUAAUCAUAGUUUUACACAUUAGAUCAAUCAGAAAUUAAAGAGAGAACAGAACUAUAAAAUAAUCAAUCAUCCUUUGUACAAAUAUAGAUCAGAAAAAGUCCAUAUAAAAUAAAAAUAUUUAGGAAAUAUUUGAAAAUAGAUGAAUUAUUAUCUAAUUUGGGAGGCAUAUAAUAAAUAUUUAUUUUUUUUGUUGGAACAAUUCUAACUAUUUACAAUAGAUUCCAACGUAAUUAAUAAUUUUAUUUAAUAGUUCUGGUUGAAUUAGCGAAUAAAUUAUAUGAAUUUACAUUAGUAUCUUUUCAAAAGGAAAAAUAUUACUAAGACAAUUUAGAUUUGGUUAAUUAAAUGAUUUAUAAUAAACAAGAGAAAAUGCCAUUUUAAGAAAAGCCUCGAAAUUCAGAUGUAGAUCUAGAAAUACAGCCUUUGCAUCAGAGUACCAUAAAUUAAAAAUCAAAAAAUGAGUUGCUGAAAUUCAGUGAAUAAAUGAGUCCCUCAUCCUAAUAACAGCGGAAUCCACUUAAGAAAUAAACUGAAUUUGCCUUAAAAAAAAAUAAGUUUAUCUAUGAAUAAGAAGCUAUGGCAUCAAAAUUAAAUUGUUAGAAUGGAUUAGAAUAUUUCUAAUUACAAAUUUAAUAAUUAAUUUAAAGAUCAAAACCAAUCUUAAUGACGUUUCAAAUGUUGAUUAAUUUUUUAACUUGUUAAAAAGUAUUUAAUAAUAAGAAACAUAUCUAAUUGAUGAAUCAAGCAAUGUAAUUUAUUUUAUAUUUGAUGAUUAGUGAUAAAAUCACAUAAUAAAUAGAUCUAUUCAAUAUACUAACAAAGUUGAAUGACCUUGAGAAACUUAAAGAAGUGAUUUUCUCUCCAUAGUAAUUAUUGAUGUUCAAUUUCACUCCAAAACCAUUGAUAUCCUUAGAUAAUACAACCGAAGUAUUCAACAGGACAAUAGUUGAGGAGAGGACAAGAAACAAUAAUACAAAAUAGUAAAGUAUAUCAUCAUUUUUAGGGAUGAAACCUCCUCAAACUCUGAAUUGUAAAAUAAAAUGCAUUACAAUCUAUAAGCUGAUGCAAAGAUGUAUGGCAAAAUAUAUUCGGUAAUCAGAGAAACUAUUAAUAGGCUUAUGAUGAUGUCUUACAAGAAGCUGAGAAUGAUCAAGAAUCUUCUACUUGCAGCAAUCUGAGUAAAUAAAUAAUUCGCAAAUUGGGUGCUGAAGUAUAAACUAUCUUUAAAUUAUCUAAACUAAUUGACUUUCAUUAGAAUUAAAACAACACUAGGAGGAGGGGAAUGACAACAGAGACUCUAAGAAGAGUAUUAUAUUCUAAAACAAAUUUAUAAGAAUGA